ACAGAGCUCCCAGUGCCCUGGGCCUUCCUCCCUGGCCUGGCUCUGCUUGGGAGGGCUGCCCAGUCUGACAGUCCCUCAGCAGCAUGGGGCUCUUGUCCCAUCCCAGGUGCACGAACUGCUGACCACAGGCAGUUCCUGAGCAAUACAAACUGAUACCUGGAGCCUCUUCCUGAAGAUCCUUCACGACUAAAAGAGCCCUGGGUCUCCUAGGACCAAGGACAUUGACAGACUUCAAGAAGGGUACCCCCUAAAGCCCUAGCCUGUCCAGCCAAAGUAUGCAUCUUAGCUGAGCCCUCUUCCCAAGUCUGAUGACAGGAAGCCAGUUUCCCUUGGGGAUGUGCUUCUAAGUGUUCUGACAAACAAUGGGAAGUCUGCCCAGCAGAGGAAAAACCCUGCCAAACCCAAGCUCAAGCCCAUCAGCCCAAGGCCAAGAACAUGUGCCCAUGCAAGCAGAGAGGAGCAAGGCCACAGCUGUGGCCCUGGGCAGUUUCCCAGUGGGUGAGCAGGCAGAGCUGUCGCUGAGGCUUGGGGAACCAUUGACCAUCAUCUCUGAGGAUGGAGACUGGUGGACAGUGCUGUCGGAAGUCUCAGGCAGAGAGUACAGCAUCCCCAGCAUGCACGCAGCCAAAGUCUCCCAUGGGUGGCUGUAUGAGGGCCUGAGCCGGGAGAAAGCGGAGGAACUGCUGCUGCUGCCUGGGAACCCUGGAGGGGCCUUCCUCAUCCGGGAGAGCCAGAGCAGGAGAGGCUGUUACUCUCUGUCAGUCCGACUCAGCCGCCCCACAUCCUGGGACCGGAUCAGACACUACAGGAUCCAGCACCUAGACAACGGCUGGCUGUACAUCUCACCACGCUUCACCUUCCCCUCACUCCAGGCCCUGGUGGACCAUUACUCGGAGUUGGCCGAUGACAUCUGCUGCCUCCUCAAGGAGCCCUGUGCCCUGCAGAGGGCUGGCCCACUUCCUGACAAGGCUAUACCCCCACCUGUGACUGUGCAGAGGAUGCCAAUCAACUGGGAAGAGCUGGACAGCUCCCUCCUGCUUUCCGAGGCAUCUGCCCCAGGGGAAGCGUCUCUCCUCAGUGAGGGGCUCCGGGAGGCCCUCAGCUCCUACAUCAGCCUGACUGAGGACAUCUCCUUGAAUGAUGCCAAAGCCCAAAGGAGAGGUCGAAAAGGAACCCAAGGCUGCAGUAUCUAG